AUGGACGUGGGGGGCAAGGCCGAAACUCGUUUGGUCGAGGCCAAGGAAACUCCUAUGGAGGCCGUGGUCAUGGCCGAGGCCGUGAACUUAGUCAUCGGAGUUGUUGUCUGCGCUGUUUUAGCAGUGGUGGUUAUAAUCAUAGGCUGCAUCAUCACCCGCAAUACUAAGCUUCCCUCUCCACCGCCUCCUCUACCACGGCCACCACAGCCACUGCAGCUCCGGACGCCUGUGUAUAGAACCAAAGAUGGAGAUCUUGUCAUUCUGACAGGCACUGGCACUGCCAUAUCAGUUGCUGGAGCAGUUAUGUAUGGUAGUUCUGGUGGUUGUGGAGGUGGAGGUUGUGGGGGAGGGGGAGGAAGUGGCGGUAGUGGAGGAGGUGGUGGUUGUGGGGGAGGAGGAGGAGGAGGAGGAGGUGGUGGUGGUUGUGGAGGAGGGGGAGGAGGUGGUGGCGGUGUUGGAGAUGGUGGUGGUGGAGGCGGAUGCGGAGGUGAUUAA